UAUGUAAAACCCAAAGUCUUUUUUUCUUGUUUUAUUCAACUUUUCUUUUAAUGAAAGAUAAGUGAAUGAAUAAAAUUAAUUUAUGAAAUCAACAAUCAAAAUUUGGCUUAUUAUCUUAAAAACAAAUUAAUGUUUAAAUAGAUACACGAGGCACGAUGCUCGAUGCUUUGCAUUAACCUUUUUAUUACAUUUUUCUCCACACGUGUAAAAUGAUAUAAACCGUUUAUCCUACACCAGCGAAACAGUUUACUAUAUCUCCGAUUUCCCUGGCCUCCUGUUUCUCAAUAUCUCCCAGCCAAAUUAUUUUACUUUCUUCUCCUUCAAUGUCCCAAUCCCAAAUCUUUAAUUGAAUUAUAAUCCAGAAGAAACAAAAAAUUAGAGCCCGUGAUGGGUCCUGAAUCAACAUCAUCGUCGACGCCAUCCCCAAAUGGGAAACGAAGCAGAGACCCCGAAGAUGAGGUUUAUCUCGACAAUCUCCGUUCGCACAAGCGUUACCUCAGUGAGAUAAUGGCGUCUAGUUUGAAUGGAUUAACUGUUGGGGACCCACUUCCUGAAUAUCUCCUAGAAUCUCCUGCUAGGUCUGAAAGCAUGUUCUAUCCCAGGGAUGAAAUGCCAUGCCAAUAUUCACCAAUGUCGGAAGAUUCAGAUGACUGGAGAUUCUUUGAAACACCAAUGAACACUUGCUUCCCGCAUUCUGAUAGCCUGCCUACUAGUCCACCAUAUAAAUAUCAAAGACCACUGAAUGCUUUCUACUCCACUCCUUCAACCAGUUCAUAUUCUUUACCUGGAAAUGUCAGUGCUGUUACUUGUUCACAGCCUCGCAAAAGAGGCUCAGAUACAGAGGGCCAAUUUCCAUCCUCACCAAGUGACAUUUGCCACUCUGCUGACUUACGCAGAGCAGCACUCAUGCGGUCUGUACAUAUGAAAACACAGCCAGCUAGUUCCUCAUCUUUAGAAUUGCAAUUUGGUUCAGGCCAAGAGAAUUCGCUUAGUAUUGAAGCUGAGGAACGGCCAUGCUCAUUUGUGAAGUCCUUAAUCUGUGACAGUGAAUAUCAGACUGAAGAGUGUUCCUCAACGAGUAUCUCAGAGCCUGAAUUUAGUCGAGAGAAAUCUUGUGGUGUGUCAAAUAUGGAUUUGAAAGGGGAUGAAUCCAGGGCCAUAGAUGGUUUUGGGAAAUGACUGAUAAAACCCGCCUUCAACAUCAUUUUGAACUUACCUUCUCCGUAGGAUUGACCCAUUGUUGGAGCAGGUAAUUGAUUUUGCCAAAGUGAAGCGCAGAGCAAUACUUUUCUGGAUCCUUGAAGAAAUUGAAUAUUCUUGAUUUCUUCGUCUUUUUUUGCACUGUUCCUGAUAUCGGAGCAACGUCCCCGUUGUAAAUCAGAAUUCUUGUUUUAAAAACCUCAGUUUCAACAUCUCCAAAUUUUAUUUCAUAA